AUGUUGUCCAAUGUCAAUACCUCGCAGAAGGCCCUAUACUGGCUAUUAAUCCAAGCUACUCUCCUGUCACAAAUCCUCGCUCGACAAUGCUACUGGCGAGAUGGCAUGCCAGCGCUGAGCGAGCUUCAACCCUGCUUCCCAGAAAAAGAGAAUAGCGCUUGCUGCGCAACCAAGAAAACAAAUGGGGACCCAAACGAUAUCUGCACGGAGAGCGGGCUAUGCAUCGCACAGGUUUCACCGUAUGCCGGUCAGGUUCUGCGCGAUGGGUGUACGGAUUCGAGCUGGAAGAGUUCCGACUGUCCUAAUAUGUGCCCAGACUCAAUGAGAGGCGAAUAUGGUCUCCACAUUCUUCCCUGUCCCGACAUCAGCCUAAGACACUGGUGCUGCAGCGAUAAUGGCUCCAAUUGCUGCGACAACGCUUUUAAAUUAGAUAUAGGCACCAUGAUCCUCCCCACCGCCUCGAGUAGCUCAGUCGUUCCAUCUGCGGCCGCAACCGUCACUGCAACUACCACUGCGACAGUCACCCCCGGCACGACCAGCGAACCAACCUGCGAUGGCGCCUGUCAUGCCGAUACCACCACGGUUGCUGUAGGUGUGGGCGUCGGCGCGGGGCUAGGCGCUUGCCUUAUGGCGACUGUGUUCAUGCUUUGUUUUCAGCGCCGCACGUAUCAAAAAAAGUUACGAGAUAUUGGAAAAGUCACGCAUUUGGGCCAUUCUCCAGGUGUUCAGCAGUAUGGGGGGCCGCUUGUUGCUGUGCAUCCGGUGGAGUUGCCUCCAGGUCGCGAACCGGUGGUGCAUGAGAUUGAUAGUGGGUAUCAGGAGCGUUAG